CGGAAACUUUGCGCCACCGUCCUCACACCGUCUUCUUCCUCCCUAUUUAAGCACACCAACUCAGAUUAGCUCCUCCAGCAACAAAUAGCAGAGACUGCUCCCCUCUGCACCCUCUUUUAGGCGAAUCCCCAGCAAACCACCCUCUCCUUUCUCCCUACCACGCCCCAUUCCCCAACCACCCCCCUUUGCCUCUCUCUCUCUCUCUCUCGCUCAAGCUAUUGUGUGAUCCCCAAGACAGAGGAGGCUAAGGUGAGCUUGUUGUGAAUGAGUCAGCAUGUCUUUGCUCUUGGAUUCGUCUUUCUUGGAAUCAAAAUGAAACCUGCUGUUUCAACUCCUUGUUUGCAAGCUGGGAUUCGAUCAUCCCCAAGAAACAUGAGAUAUCUGAAAUCGAGAACUCUUCCACCUCAUAUCAACAUUGGAAUUACCUUCCCACGCUCUGGAUCGAGUUACAACUCCAUGAAUGAUACGUUGGAAACCCUCAUCAUGGGAAUCAUUAGGUUCGGUGAUGAACUGAGGUUGAAUCCCAGGUUCAUCAGCUUCAAUGGCGCUGACUCCGAGCCUGCUAUCCUCAAGGCUUUUGGUCCCAGAAAGCUGCUGAUCGAGGGAUCCGUCAGCUCCAGCAGAAGGGGAAUGGAUCCCUUCCACUUGGAAACAAAGAUCUCGGUGAAGAGUCCUCGCCUCGAGCCAGAUGCGUCGGCAAUGUCUGAUGAUCCCAAAAGGUUGAGGUUUAGCACUCCCUUGAAGAAGAGGUCGCUGGAAUCAGCUUUGAUCGGACCUGACAGCCCCAAACAUGGGGCUGCCGUGAAGCUGCAGAAGGUCUACAAGAGCUUUCGGACAAGAAGACAGCUCGCAGAUUGUGCAGUCCUUGUAGAGCAGCGGUGGUGGAAGCUGUUGGAUUUCGUAUUGCUCAAGCUGAGCUCUGUCUCCUUUUUCGUCAUCGAGAAGCCCGAAUCAGCAGUUUCUCGAUGGUCGAGGGCAAGAACCAGAGCUGCCAAGGUUGGGAAAGGCUUGUCGAAGGAUGAGAAAGCUCAGAAACUUGCUCUGCAGCAUUGGCUGGAGGCGAUUGACCCUCGACAUCGGUACGGCCACAAUCUCCAGUUCUACUACGACUGCUGGCUUCAAUGCGAGAGCACGGAACCCUUCUUCUACUGGCUUGAUGUUGGAGAGGGAAAAGAGGUCGAUCUCGAAGACCAAUGCACUCGAUCGAAGCUUCAGCAACAGUGCAUCAAGUAUCUCGGCCCAAAAGAAAGGGAGGCCUAUGAAGUCGUAAUUGAGGAUGGAAAGUUCAUGUACAGGCAGAGCAGGCAACUCCUGAACACAUCCGGUGGCCCAAAAGAUGCAAAGUGGAUCUUUGUCUUGAGCACAUCAAAGAAUCUAUAUGUUGGUCAGAAGAAGAAGGGCACAUUUCAGCACUCCAGUUUUCUUGCAGGAGGAGCCAUCUCUGCCGCAGGCCAACUAGUUGUAGAAGAUGGAGCUCUCGAGGCUGUGUGGCCUCAUAGCGGCCAUUACCGCCCGACCGAAGAGAACUUCAAGGAAUUCAUGAGCUUUCUUGAUGAAAACAACGUGGAUCUUUCGGAUGUUAAGAAAAGCCCAACCGGAGAGGAUGAUGAACGCGAUGGCGGACUCAAGAAGAGCCACUCUGAACGAAACUUGGCUGAGAAGGAUAUCACCCCUGCAGAGCCUGAAACCACAGAGGACGCCUCUUCCUCCGUGGCAUUCGAGGUAGCCAACGUGAGUAGCUUUCUCGCCGAUCUCAAACUCAGGGGAGAAGAAUCAUCCGAUCGACAGCAACGCUACAUCUUCCGGAAGAAGAACCUCUUCUUGGAGGAGGGAGAGGAGGACGACGAGGGAUUUGUGCCGUCGGAACUGAUACUUCGAAGGAUCAACUCGAAGAAAGGGAUCGGAUCGGGACAGCUGGGGAAGCAGCUGUCCUUCAGGUGGACGACCGGCGCCGGGCCCCGGAUCGGGUGCGUCCGGGACUACCCGUCGGAGCUCCAGUUCCGUGCGCUGGAGCAGGUGAACCUCUCGCCGAGAAGCGCCGGGGCGUCGAGGUUCGCUUUGCCACGGACGGCGGCAUGCGGAACUCCAACAGCACAGCAGCAGCCACACUAACGUGACAGUGUCAGACAGACGAAGGAAUCAGUCGCUUUGAAUCAGAGUCGGUGUGUGUAUACGAAUUGGAUACAGAUGUGUGUUAGAUUCAUUUGGUUUUGUAGGUCUGUAGAGAGAGA